GUUGACAAGGAAUUAGAUCGACUUCUAGAGAACGAAACUCUGUCCCCCGUGGAAACGUCAGAGUGGGCAUCGCCCAUCGUCGUUGUUCGGAAAGCCAACGGAAACAUCCGCAUGUGUGCGGACUAUUCAACGGGGCUCAACGACGCCCUGUGUGAUGUUUGCCACCCGAUUCCAGACAUGGAAAGCAUCAUGGCGAGUUUCUCUGGCAACCGGGUCUUCACCCAGUUAGAUCUAUCCGAUGCGUACUUGCAGUUAGUACUCAACCCGUCGUGCAGAAACCUGACGACCAUCAAUACCCACCGAGGGCUCUUCCAGUACAAUCGCCUAGUUUUCGGGUUGAAAACUGCUCCAGCGAUCUUUCAAAGAGCCAUGGAUCAAACACUUGCAGGCCUCGAUGGUGUUCUUGUGUAUUUAGACGACAUACUGGUGAUGGGGUCAUCACAAACGGAACACGACGGAAGACUUCUCAAGGUUCUGUCCCGCCUGCAAGAAUGGGGGUUUCGUCUCGGUCUCGCGAAAUGUCAUUUCAAUGCUCCGAGCGUCAAGUAUCUGGGCGUAAUCGUGGACAAAGACGGUAUCCGGGCAGAUCCGCAGAAAAUCCAAGCGAUCCGAAAUCUCCGGCGUCCGGAGAACAUUUCGGAAGUCCGAUCUCUUCUGGGACUCAUCAAUUACUAUGGUCGGUUCGUCGACCGUCUACAUCGCUACAAAGCCGUUUUCGAAGCACUACUACGCAAAGACACCAAAUUCCUUUGGUCUCCGGCACAUGAUCAGGCAUUCGAAAAGGUGAAAGAUGUUCUCUCUGGGCCUCUAGUGCUGGCGCAUUAUGACCCGCGACAAAAGUUAAUCGUGGCGGCGGACGCAUGUGAAACCGGAAUCGGGGGUGUGCUUCUGCAACGGUAUGCGGACUCCUCUACGAAAGCUGUCUUCCACAUCUCGAAGUCUCUCAACCCUGCACAACGAAAUUACAGUCAGAUAGAGAAGGAAGCGUUGGCACUGAUCACGACCGUGGAACGUUUGAGAAAAUUCAUCUGGGGGCGACGGUUUGUACUCCAAACCGAUCACCGCCCUCUGCUGGCAUUGUUCCGUACAUCGCAGACGAAAGGCUUGAGUGACCGAACUGCUGCCAGGCUCCGUCGGUGGGCGCUACGCCUGGUGGGAUACGAUUUCGACAUUGAGUACAUUCGUACCGCGGACUUCGGCCACGCAGAUGCCCUAUCGCGACUUAUCCAGCAAGCAAGGAAAGAUGCAGCUGAUCCGGAAAUGGAUGAAGUGAUUGCGAAUGUCAACGCACAAGAGCUGGAAAUCUUGAGUUUGACAUCGGACGCCCGAUUUUUCACUCACACCGGGGAGAAAAUUCGCGAGGCAACGAGGAAAGACCCUCUGCUCCAGCAGGUUUCUCAGAGAUUACUGCAGGGUUGGAACAAGUCUGACAGCAAGGAUCCGAACCUGCGACCCUUCGCACAACAAGCGGACUCCCUGUGCGACGUGGAGGGCACCUUACUGGUGGACGAGAGAGUCGUCGUCCCAUCUAGUCUUCGCACCACGGUGCUCAAGCAGCUCCAUCAAGGACAUCCCGGAAUCGUUCGAAUGAAGGCUCUGGGUCGCAUGUAUUUCUACUGGCCCGGAAUGUCGGUAGAAAUCGAACGACUGGUUCGGAGUUGCCCGCACUGUGCGCAGAACGCUUCAAGUCCGGUGAAGGUUCCGUUGGCCCCAUGGCCUGAUCCCGAGAAGGCUUGGGUGCGCGUACAUCUGGACUUCGCGGAACCACGGAAAGGCAAAGCGUUUUUAGUGAUCGUAGAUGCGUUUUCCAAGUUCGUCGAUGCUACGUGGAUGUCACCCGCUUCAAGCUUCGAGGUGGUUAAGUAUCUCAAAACGCUCUUCCGUCUCAUGGGUCCUCCAGAAACAAUGGUGACGGACAAUGGAUGUCAGUUCACGUCACGGGAAUUUGCAAGCCUAUGUCAAUCCUUUAACAUCGUCCAUCUGCGUUGUGCACCACGGAUGCCACAAAGUAAUGGCCAGGCGGAACGGAUGGUUCACACGUUGAAAAACUCCCUCCAAGACCAGGAUCCGGAAGCUCUGGAUCGGGCGGUUGCGGCGUACAACUACACGCCUUGUCAAACUCUGGGAGGCAAAGCUCCGUCGGAGGUGUUUUUCGGACGCAGGGUGCGGACCCACUUCAGUGUGUUCCGUUCAGGUUCCUCAAACCUUCCGGCUGCUAGUGCGAAGUUCAAGCAUCAGUUCGACGACCACCACGGAACGUGCGCGCGGCAGUUUUCGGAAGGUGAAGAAGUUGUGAUCGAACUCCAUAACGGGCGAAGAGUGCCUGCAAUCUUCACAGAGUACCUCGGUUCGUCAAUGGCGAAGCUCAAGGUCGACGACGCGGACCAUGUCCGUCACCUCAACCAAAUUUGGCGGCGGAAAAUAGACUCGCGUAAAGCGCUGGGGGAGGAGGUGCUGCAAGAGCAUUUCAUCGAGGAGCUCCUGACAAAUGCUUCCGAUCGGAGACAAGAUUGCAGCCCGGUAGCGACCGAAUCCUCGUCCCAGUCCGUAGCUGAAUCGAGUCUUUCUCCUGUCUCUUCUACGGAGUUCGCUGGCCCCUCUGACGAGGGUGAAAGUUCUGCUUCUCAGGAACCCAGUGAGGACACAAGUGACGGUCGGCGCAAGCAGCCGGCGAGGGCUGCCAAGGACAGGGUCCUGUCCGGCUUCAGUCGAUUCUUUGGGGCCUCGACUUGA